CACUCAUCAGAUAAGGAAAUAGAGCGCUACAGCCUUAGAUCAUAUACAGCCUAGACAAUAAGUUGUAUAAAAUGCGGGUGAGUGACUGACCGACGUCUGUUAGUGCUCACAAAAUAUUAUGCUUUAAGCAUUUACCAUAGACUCAAAAAAAAAGAAAGUGUUACUAAUACUUGUACUUUAAAAUAUUCGUAAUAUCUAUUGUGUAGUAAAAUAAAUUAUUUAAUUUAAUUCAUUCAACUAUUUACAGACUUCAGGAUAUUACUAAAAAGUUAUUGUUUUCACAAUGGAAAAUAAAAAAAAGCAAGUCAAAAUAUUAGUUUGCUGCGGUAUCAAAGGACAUAUAACAUCAUUUAUUGACCAUAUAGAAGCAUUGUUUGCUAAAAAAGGCACGUUUGACUAUGUGUUUUGUGUAGGUGAUUUUUUUGGGGACGAUGAAUUCUGUGAAAAAGAAUGGGAAGAAUUUAAAAAGUCUGGCAAAUAUAUUUCAGUUCCUAUUUACACAUUGGGACCAAAUAAGGUACAACAUGAAAAAUAUUUCAAGAAUUUAAAAGAUCAACAAUUAGCACCAAAUAUUUAUUAUCUUGGUAAAGAUGGAAUUUUUACAACUUCUGAUGGCCUUAAAAUAGGAUAUAUUAGUGGAAUACAAAACAAUAGUGGUAAAGAAAACGAAAUGCAUACAUUCAAUUACGAUUCUCUCUCUCAGUUCAGAGAUUCUUGUAUUCGGGCUGGAAGUACAUCACUAGAUGUACUAUUAACUUCACCGUGGCCAUUAGAUAUUCGCAACAAAGAGCGCAUUCUUGAAAACAUAAAUGUUAAGGAACCUACUGAAAAGGAAAGUGAAUCUCAACUUUUAUCAUGGAUAGCUAUUAAUUUAACUCCACGUUAUCACUUUGCUGGAUUGCAAAGAGUGUUCUAUCAGCGUAGUCCAUACAAAAAUACCAAUAGUAAAACAGUAACACGAUUUAUUGGUUUGGGUGAUUAUCAUGACAAUAAAAUAAAAAAACAAAAAUGGCUCUAUGGCUUUGUUAUAUCGCUAGCUGAAUUGACUACGCCAAAUCCUAUGAACUAUACAGUCACCGAAUCACCAUUUGCUGAUAAUAUAUCUCAUUAUACUGCUAAUAUGUUGCCAGUUUCAAAACAGUAUUUUUAUAAUACAAGUACUAACAGCAAUUACAGAAAUAAUGAUCAAUCUAAAAAGAGAAAAUUUGAUGGACAACCAAUCAAACACUCCAUUGAUAUAAGUGCGGAUUCUUGUUGGUUUUGCUUAUCGAGUAAAAACAUUACUAAGCAUUUGAUUGUAUCUAUUGGGAAUCAGGUAUACUUAUCAGGCACUAAGGGUCCAUUGGUCAAAGAACAUAUACUAGUGGCUCCAAUUGAACAUUACAAAUCACUUGCUGAAGUACCACCAGAAACAGAAAAUGAAAUAAAUCUGCUUAAAAGUUCUUUAAAUCAGUAUUUUGAAAACACAGGUCGUGUUGCAGUUUAUUUUGAACGUAAUAUUUUAUCUGCUCAUUUUCAAUUACAAGUGGUUCCAGUUCCUAUCAGAAUGGCAGAUCGUCUAGAGGACAUGUUUAAAGCUAAAUUUAAAGAAUAUGAUCUCAAUUUGGUAGACAUUCCACCAGCUGCAUCACUCCGUCAAAUAGCUGGGAACAGUGAAGGCCAUUACUUUUGUACAGAGUUGCCUAAUGGAAAACGUUUGUUUCAUAGUGCUACCAAAAAAACUGGUCAUCGGCAAAAAUUUCCAAUUCAUAUUGCAAGAGAAGUGUUGGCGUCUCCAAGACUAUUGAAUGUUGAAAGUCGUAUUGACUGGAGAAAAUGUGAGCAAUCUUUAGAUGAAGAAGAGAAAGAUGUGAAAAUGUUUCGUGAUGCUUUUGAACCUUUUAAUCCAAUAAAAGAUUAAUUAAAAACUAAUUUUAAUCUUGAUUGUUAUCAAUAAUAUUUGUAAUAAUAAAUAAAUGGAUUAAGAAAGAGUAUUUGGUACGGACUAGUGUUUAAAAAAAAUUAACUCAUCUUUUAUUUAGAGAUGAUAGUUCAAAAAUAUUAGAUUUAAAGUGUACACGGUAAUGGUUCAAUAUGCGAUCUACACUGAUUUUUGGUCUGAUAAGCAACCUUUAUCAUAAAUGUGAAAUAUAAAUUAAUUU